ACCUCAUUAGUUAUUUAUCCCUUUCCACUAAACAGUCCGCCAUCUUGGAGAGAAGGGAAGGGAACAUCUCAUUUUUUUUACUCAUUUUCAAACAUCAAGAGCGUCGACAGCGGACAAGAAAAGGGAAACUAUGAUUAUAAGGUGGUCGGUCCUUCUACUAGCACUGCUGUGCGGUGUUCUAGCAGAAGAUGUGAAGUCUUGGGAGGAUGAUAUUGAGAAGGUUUGGACCAAGGGACAGGACUCCUCGAGCGAAGAUGACAGCGAUAAGUACUGGAGAGAGACCAAGUCCAGCGAAGAAGAUGCAUUGAGUGAUGAUGACUGGUUGAGGAGCCAACUAGAACAACAGAGGAGGGCACAACAGGCCAGUGAGGUCGCUGCACAGCGCCUAACGUUCGACAGCCUUCCUAAACCUUUGGACAUGUUUCCUAAACAACAGGGCAAAUCUUAUAAUGCUGAAGGAAACAAGCACAAGCCAUGGCUGGAGAUAGAAGAUGGGCAGAUCUUCCACGGACUCAUCAAUGAGAACGACAUGAGCAUGGUGGAGCUCCACCCCAAACUGAAGGCUUCAGAUAAGGACUCUGGAGACGCUGGUAAGAUCUGCCAGUUCAGGAUCACGCAGCAGGACGUUCCCUUUGAUGCGUACGUGUUGAACCCCAACACCGGCGAGGGCUACAUCCGCGCCCGCAAAGAGCUGAACUGUGAGGACAAGAAGGAGUACACGUUCACCAUCCAGGCCUACGACUGUGGCAUCCCUGAGAAGGGCAUCCAGCAGAAGAAAUCCCACAAGGCUACUGUCCGCAUCCAGGUGAACGAUGUGAACGAGCACGGCCCUGAGUUCACGGCCAGCGGGUACGAGGCGACCGUGAUGGAGGGGAAGAAGUAUGAGAACAUCCUGAAGGUGGAGGCGGAGGACCGCGACUGCUCGCCCGGAUUCAGCCAGAUCUGCAGCUACGAGAUCGUCACCCCCAACGUGCCCUUCCAGAUCUCUGAGGAUGGCAUCAUCAGCAACACCGAGCCCCUGCAGUACGUCGACGGCCACAACUACAUCCUGACGGUCACCGCCUACGACUGCGGCCAGAGGCGCGCCGACCUGGACGUCUUGGUCACCAUCACGGUCAAGGAGCAGUGCCACCCUGGCUGGAAGGACUUCCAGAAGCGCAUCGAGUACGAGCCCUUCAGCGGCACCAAGGCUCUGCUGCCCAAGGUGUACCUGGAGACAUGUGGGGAGGAGGUGUCUGACAUCACCACCACCUUCACCCUGGAGACCAGCCACAUCGGGAAGGGCUGCGACCGCGACACCUACUCCUCCAGCUCUCUCCUCAAGCUCUGUGGUGCCUCCCAGGGCAGUAUUGACCUGCUGCCUGCCCCCGGGCUGGGGAGUGAGUGGACCCAGAGCCUGCCUACCGACGAGGGUCACGAGGGAGACCAGGUCUUCUCCUUCGACGGGCGCCAGACCGGCGUUCAGAUCCCCGAGGGCGUCGUCCCCAAGAACCUGACCAACCAGUUCACCAUCGCCACCUGGAUGAAGCACCGUGAGACCUUUGGAGGAGACAAGGAAACCAUCCUCUGCAAGUCUGACAAGAAAGAACUGAACCGCCACCACUACUCCCUGUAUGUGCACAACUGCAAGCUGAUGUUCCUGCUCCGCCACGAUGGAGGUGAUCUGGAGACCUUCCGCCCUGCUGAGUUCCACUGGAAAAUCCCACAGGUGUGUGACAAGCAGUGGCAUCACUACGCCAUCACUGUGGACUUCCCAGAAGUGAACCUGUACGUUGACGGCAUCCCGUACAGCCCCUUCCUGGUCACCGAUGACUGGCCACUCCACCCCAGCAAGUUUGACACCCGCCUGACACUCGGCGCAUGCUGGCAGGGUGGUGACCAGGAGAUGUCCCAGUUCUUCCGUGGCGAGCUGGCCGGCUUGCUCAUCCACCCCGGCAAGACGGAGACACGACGUGUCAUCAGCUGUCUCCACAACUGCAAUGAGAGUCUGGAGUUCCACUCCUUCGACGAGACCGGCCCCGGUUCAGAGGUUCACUUCAACCCAGAUCAGACACAGCUGUUCCUGAGGGGUGAGUUUACCCCCAAGAACCCCGACAAUGAGGCGUACACCCUGGACAAGUACACCAAGGUGCUGCAGAAGGUGGCGUACCAAAACGGUCGCCAGUUCCCCACUCCCGGCAUGCGCGCCCUCAAGAUCCACACCGAAGUCAACUGCUUUGAUGACGAGACGUGCAUCGAGGUUCCUGACGUGGACGCCUACGUGAUGGUCCUCCACCCCGAGGAGCCCACCAUCAACCUGAGCGGCACGGACCACCUGGCUCGCCGCGUGACGGAACUGGACCAGGGCGUGACUCCCUUCAGGGACCUGCGCAUCGUGAGCACCAUUGUACGCGACGUGGAGGAGGAGGAAGAGGAGGAACUUCAGGAGGGAGGCGCCACUGAGGUAACCCCCAUCAGCCAUAACCUGGAUGCGUGUCAGAUCACAGUGGACCCACCACUGGAGUCUGGGAAGGAGGAGCUCACCGUGCCCAAGGAAGACCUGGCUCGCCUGCGUCUGGAGAAGUCUACUGCUACCAACGGUCUUGUCAUCAAGGGUGUUGAUACCAUCGCAAACUACGAGGAUAUCCUGCGCAAGGUUGUCUACCGUAACUCCAAGGCUGGGGACUACUUUGACCGCGUGCUGAAGCUGAAGUGCUCCGAGAUGAACGGCCGCUAUGAGAGCAACGAGUACGCCGUCGAGCUGAAGGUCCUCCACACCCUGAACGUUGCCAACCCUGAGAGCCAUGUGAAGGUGGCUGCUGUGGCCCACAACGUGCCCGCCCAGUUUGUCCAGUCCAAGAGUGUUGUCCACGAGGCGGCCGUGCCACGCCAGGUGCCCCAGGUGGUCGCCAGCUCCCAGUCUGCCAACGUUGUCACCUCCCUGGUGAUCGUGAUCUGCGUGGGCUUCCUCAUCUUCAUGAUCGUGCUGGGCGUGUACCGCAUCCGCGCCGCCAACCGCCGCAACAUGGACUCUGAGUGGGACCAGGCCGGCGAGCCCCGCAUGGAGUGGGACUCCUCCGACCUCACCAUCACCGUCAACCCUAUGGAUGUUGAGUAUGAGGGAGCAGAGAGCGACUCCUCUGACGAUGAUGAUGACAGUGCGCAUGACGACUCCGACAGCUCAGAUGAUGAUGAUGAGCCCCCAAGAGAGGUGCUGGGCUAUGAACAGGAGCUGGAGUGGGACAGCACUGCCAUGGUGGCGUGAACCAGCCUUGCCACAUGAUUUACAUCAAAUCCAACAAUCAUACAUAGAUGCAACAGAUACAAGCCAGUGUUUCUCACAAAAGCAGCAAUUUCAUGCCCUCGGUAUUCAUACCGUGGACACGGACUUGUUCUUAACAAAGACAACACACAGACUGCAUCUUAGCUUUGUUAGUGUAAAAAGAUUUUGAUACAUGACCAAAACAAUGUACAAAAAGGGGAAGUUGGACAGGGAAUGAAGCUUUGGGAAACGUGCCGAGAAACACUGUCGAGUAUUUGUCCUUUUCUCUCUGAUGAUCACCAAAUGUUGAUUGAUUGAAUUAAUGAGAAAUGAUGAAUUAUCCAAUGGCAGGGCCGUGAUUCACAGCUGGAGUGGGACAACUCAACACUGAGCUUUUAAGCGACCAACAACUGGAUAGGCUGUACUGAGAGAACAAGAGACAGCAGGAAGGAGGAGACUUAGUAUAAAGAAGUGGCGAUUUCUGAGCGGAAGAAUCUGUGUAUAAAUUACCGUACAUAAUGACAUGCCCAGGACCAUCCCCUGAAAAAUAAAAAUUCACAGAGAUGCACUCGCGCUAACGUUGCAUGGUUACUGGCACCUAUUCUACAAGACUUAAAAAAGCUUGAAUGGAGACAGGUUGAUCAAAGUUUUAUUGAUGGUUGUAACAAAAAAAAAUUACUUAAGUCAUCUAGAAGUGAUGCCCUUGUGUAAUGUCUACUUAAAGACCAAGUGAUGUAAGAUGUAUGGAAGCAAUAGUUGGCUAAGCAGUGUACUUGAAGACAGUAAGUUAAACCCCUGUAACACUACGAUCCUCGAAAGACAUAUCUAUUUUGAUGUGAGUGGUGUAACUCUUAGCUUAAUGAUCAUAAUGAUAGCUUUGCAUGAUGUAAAUGAUGAAAUCAUGAUAACAGGAGAAACUGUAGAGUGUGCAGUGGGAGGGGGGCAUUUUAAGAAAAAAGGUGUUACUUCUAAUAGAUAAUAUCUGUAUAAGGACAUGGUCCUGGGCAUAUUUCUAUAGAGAAAAUAGGGUGUACAUGUAUACAAAUCAGGAUUGGGUAUAAGAUUAUUAACGUAACUACAGCUAAGUUUGUCCGUAGUAGAACUCAAUUGGAUGUAUUAUGUGAUGAAAAAAAAAUGAUGCUCAUUCCUAACUUAAUCGUAUAUGCAUAUGGAACUGGUGUGAAGCUUAAGAAUACAUAUCUGCGCAGUUGUAUGAAGACAAGAACAAAAGUACUGAAUGUGUAGCUAGCUGCAACACUGUAGAGUUUUGUAAUCCACAUUUUAGGGAUUGGGGAUAUAGGGUUGCACUCGCUGAGUUGAUUUUAUGGUAUUUUAAUAUUAGUGUGUGUGUGAGCAUGUUGUAAUGUCUUUAAACAAGGGUUAUAAGGUUGUGA